UUAGUCUUUCUAUAUGCCAUUUAGCAUUUUAAGCGAAAAAAAAUGGGUAAUUGAAUAAUAAUACCGAAGUUUAUACAAUGAGUAUUCUAUUUGAAAACGAACUAGGAUAUUUUCUUUGCAGUGAAACUUACAUCAAUAACAUGUAUGAAGACAUUAAUCUUAAACCAAAAAUCAAUCCCAACCUAUACAAAAUUUUUACCCCUUACUGUUUGAAGACAAAACCGAAAGCCAAAAAAAACAUUUCCUUGGAAAAUAAUUGUGAUUCAGAAGAGGAAAUAGAAUUCAUUAAAAAGAAUUAUUAUCAAUUUAACAAAGAAUUAAAAGAAACCAAUUGUGUAGUUAGCAAACUGGUUCAAUCAAAAAACACAGCAGCUUUGAACACAGCAGAUUUUGUAUAUGAAGAAUCAGGGAAAUAUUUAAUAAGCGACGCAGUAGGUUCAAAUAUUGGUCCACCUGUUGAUAAAAUGAUUAAUAACUCAAGAUUUUUCUUUCCCAGGAAUUCUAUUUUUUUUGUAAAAAAUGUGGAAAGUAUCAGUUUGUAUUUAGAAGGAAAAACAUUUGACUUGAUCUUGUUGGAUCCUCCUUGGUACAAUAAAUAUAUAAGACGUAAAAGAAAAAAAAGUCCACAUGCUUACAAUAUGAUGGCCAAUGAAGAAUUAAAAAACAUACCUUUAGAAAAUAUGUUAACUGACAAUGGACUAAUUGUGGUUUGGUGUACAAAUUCUCCAAAACAUAUAACAUAUUUGAAAGACAUUGUUUUUAAAAAGUGGAAGGUUGGAUAUAUCUCAACCUGGUAUUGGGUAAAAGUCACCAAGAGUGGGGAAACUGUAUGUGACUUUUCCAAACCAAAUGGUAAACAACCAUUUGAGAGAAUAAUUAUUGGAAGCAGAAACAAUUGUUUGCCAAAAGAGAAAAAAUUGAUAGUGAGUGUCCCUAGUGCGAUACAUUCCCAUAAACCAAUUUUACAUCAAAUUUUUAAAAAAAUUAUAUCAAAGGAUCCAAAAUGUUUAGAAAUUUUUGCCAGAAAUCUUUUGCCACAUUGGACAAGCUAUGGAAAUGAGACGUUAAGAUUUCAACAUGAAUCCUUGUAUUGUGUUGAAAAUAAGUAAAUAUUAUUUGGCAA